AUAUUGAUGUGUUCGUUCUAAACUCGACGGGCCGAUAGUACACGUUAUUUUCAUCGUGAAAGUAACAAUGUCAAAGUUAUGCACUCGUCUGUGCGUAAUUCUGUGCUUGACCAUGAAGGAUAUCGCCAGCGCGGGAAUAUGUGACCAAGAAAAUAGUCCUGGCGCUGUCGGGAAAAUUCGCCUAAAGAUCUUCAAAGGUGACAGCUCUUCUCCCACGUCCUCUGGAAACAUCGCAGAAGACAUCGAGGCGGAUAAGGACUCCAUUCUCUACGUACACGGGUUCAUGGAGGGCACGGAAUCUGACAAUGUUCAAAUAAUAGUCAAAGCCUAUCUGGAGAAAGGAGACGUUAACAUUAUCCUAGUCGAUUGGGGUGACAUAGCGAUUGACCUUAACUACGUUUACGUCGCUAGCCAAGUGCCUAUGGUAGGGAAGGUAGUUGCGGAAUCUUUGGAGAAACUCGCGGAGACGAUCGAUUUGAACACGUUGCACGUGAUUGGGCAUUCUUUAGGCGCUCACAUCGCUGGUCACAUCGGGAGAUACGUGAAUAACACCCUCGCUCGGAUAACAGGAUUAGAUCCAGCGCUUCCACUAUUUUACCCCUCCGCGUGUCACAUUAGAUCAACCGACGCAGAGGCUGUCGUUAUACUCCACACGGACGGUGGCUUUUAUGGGACACCUAUAGACACGGGGACUGUUGACUUUUACGCGAACAAGGGAAUCAGUCCUCAGCCGGGUUGCCCUAUAAUCAUCGGAGGAGAACUGUGCAGCCACCAAAGAUCCACCAAGAUAUACGCGGAGUCCUUGACGAAUCCCAAAGCAUUUCUGGCGCACAGGUGCUUUGAUAAAUUAAUAGAUCCCAGAAACGGAGACACGGAGAUUUAUUUUGGUGACUCUACUCCGAAGAACAUAUACGGUGCAUACUGCUUUAACACGAACGCCGAAUCUCCAUAUGGCAAGGGAGCCUAAUCGCUAUAAAUAAAUCAAAGAAAACCUACCCAACAAAUUUCAUUAGAUGUCGAUGCGAAACGUGACAAGUAACAACCCGUCAUUUCACAGAAUAGAAGCUUUCACACGCCAGAAAUAAUAUUACGAAAUGGAAGCCUAACGAGGCACGAUAAAAAAUAAUCUGUUGAAUACAACUAAUUUAAACCACUUCAUCGAGAGAAAAGGAGAAAUACCAGUCACCUCGCGAACUAAUCCCAUGAUUGAGGAAACGUGGAAUGAAAUGAUAAUUUAUCGAUGAAAAUCGAUACGAUUAUUUGAGCAACCAGAAGCAAUCUCGAAAACCGUUGAUCCAACGACGAAUGAUAAAAAUUAAACGAUCUACAUUCCAGUCGAUCGGCACGAAAGAAGAAAUACCAGUCGAGAUUGAGAAAGUGUGUUUAAAUAUUAAAUUAUCAAUGUGAGUUCCGUGUAAUAAUUUCAGCGGAAAUAAAUGAUACUGAGAAGGGGAUAUGUGUCAGUACGUAAAAUGAUCCGACGAUCGGGGAAACGAGCAUAAUGAUAACUUGCCGAUGCGUCUGAUGCGACUGGGAAUUACCGUGGUUCGCUGAACCCAGCUAGAAAAUGGGAUUGCAUGUCGACGUGGUGGAGAUAAAAGUACACGAAUGAAUAAGUAGGUAGGUGUGACAUGAUUGGCGGCAGUUCAUAGACAAACCGUGCUCCCAAACUGCCAGACGCGAGACGCCCUCCAGUUUAUGUUAAUGGCGGCAGUUCCACUUUUAUGCCACCUCGUAAAGCGGAUCGCGGUCGUCACGAUUGGAAAGUAAUCACCCGAGUUUCUUCACCAGCAACCUUAUUGCACAUUCAUACGCGGCGUUUUGCGCCCGUGUCUCGAGAGCUCUGCGAUUUAUUGAAAGCAGAAGAUUCAGACCAUCAAGGAACGUCUCUUGCGUGCUAAUUUUUAUGGAACUCUGUAUUUAGAUUAAACACUGGAAAAUAUUGGACAUAUAUAUUUUUUUCUAUCAGCUGGCACUUAUGUACGAGGGAUGAAAACUACCCUUGUGUCUUUGUAAAUGACACGUUGAGUUAAAUUGCCUGAAAAUUGACAAAACUGAAAGUGAGCAAAUCUAAUUUGUUGUAUUUGUCAUUAAACAUUCAUUAUUGACAAAAACUUGUAAAAUAUAAUAACCAACAACUCUGCCUGAAUUCUCAUAAAAUAACCGUGUACUUUGAAUUCCAAUGGAUUUUGUCCAUUAGGAAUGUCUCGUGAAAGAAUUCUAAGUGUUGAAGGACAUCAUGCUUCCGCCAUGUUGCCUGGCUCAUUAUCAGCUCGUUUCCGGUGUCUCGAAGCCAAGAAUGGCGCUUCCGUUUCGUAAAUCGCACACCCGUUUGGUGGGAUCUAUCCAAUUUGGCCGAGUGACGCAUGAAUAACCAAUUAUAAUUCCAUUUCAUCGUGAAUUAUUCAUUCUAAUCGCGUCGUCCGCUGCGCACUUCCCAGAAGUUUUCAUGGAGCGACUCUUCGACUCUCUAUAUUGUUAUAAAUAUAUGGAAGGAUGAGGAAGAAAAGGAUAAAUGAAGUUCUAACGAAAGAACUUCAGUCUUAUAUUUCCAAAUAUCUAUGAAUUUAGAAGAAAUAGGAAAACAACUGAAAUAUAGGUUCACUGUCGUGAAUGUCUACGCAAUUUUCGUUCGCACUACUCGUUGGCCGAAACAAACGUUUAGGUACGAGCAUGUGCUAGAUCGUGCCACUGCUAUCAAUUAAAGAAACAGAAAUUAAUUAAUCCACGAAUGAAGAACACAGCGACGUAAUCGGUUUUCGAACAAUUCCAGUCGUUUGAAUAAUACAUCCAAGAAGAAUAGAUACAAGGAAGAAUGCAACGUGUCUUCCAGAAUGAAGUGCGACCGGACAUUCUUCCCAGGUUUAGUAUCAUUGGCGGUAAAUUAAAGACCGACCCUCAAAGCGACCGAAGGGAAAUAAAUUCCCUGAACCAGGUGCACGCAAACGAAUUCUAAUCGAACCAAUUUCAUUUGCUAAAACGUCGAGUUCCGCUCGUUUUUCGUCGGCUCCCUUCAAACGUUUCCCGCUAAUUUGCCUAAUUUAACAGACGAAUAAAGUUGGAAGCAGUUGGAAUGCAAUUCUAUCAGUUGAAUUGGAUACAUCGAGUGGCACACUGAUAGUGGCAUCUAUGGUGGGUCGUUUGACCCCUAAAGAAGCUAAAAAAAAUCUCGAAGACCGAUAGUGUAAUUUCUCAAAUAUUUAAUUCCACUCCAGAUCCAACCCUUCAAGUA